CAUUAAUUUUAAUUUGAUUUUCAGAGCUCAUCUUUUUUGAGACUCUAAUUUUCAGUAUGUGUUCCCUUUCGCAACAAAAGUUAAAGUGGAAAUUACAUUUUUGGAUGUAUCAAUACCAGGCUAUCCCACGCAUAGGUGUUGUCAUUAUCACUGGAUGGAUUGGCCUGAUCGAGGAGUUCCACCUGCGGACAUUGCACCUCUUUAUCUACUACAUAACUUCGAAACCACUAAGGCCCCAAUUAUUAUUCAUUGUUCGGCGGGAAUAGGAAGGACGGGUUCUAUUGUAUUACUACAACAUGCAAUGGAAAUUUUACAAAAUGGAGGGAUUUUAGAAGAAAUGCCUGUUUACUUGAAGCAGCUCAGAACUCAACGCAAUAAUAGCAUACAAACGGAUCAACAGUACUUAUACGUACACCAAGUGUUACUCACUUACUUUCGUCAGAAUGGUUUCAUUCCUGAUUGCUUAAAAUUGCUUAUGGAUGCUUUUACAUCAGAAUACAACUCAGCAACAAGCGGAUUUUAA